AUGGAACAGCUGCUCAUUGAGGGUAAUACUAAAUACGCACCAGCACAUCAAACAUGGACUCGUGCGGAGCGGUUCAAGAAUAUUAUCGUUGUGUGUUGCAUGGAUCCCCGUAUCAACCCAUACGAGCAACUUGGUCUUGAAUCUGGAGCAGCCAUAACCAUCCGUAAUGCGGGAGGAUCUGCAAAGGAAGCGCUACGCAGUAUUCUUGUCGCACAACAUGCCAUCAAAGUUGGAACACACAUCGCAGUGCUGCAUCAUACCGAUUGUGGUAUGACGAAAACUACCACUCCAGAGAUGCAGCAUCUUGUCAAAGAUUGGUGCUCUGGGAAUACACAAGUCGCUGAAGCGGUGGAAAGAAUUGACUUUUACCACAUUAGUGACUUGAAAGAUUCCGUCAAACGGGAUGUCGAGUGGUUGAAGAGCAACCCAAUGAUCAAACCAGCCGAGGUCUCCGGUUGGAUUUACGAUGUGGAAACAGGAAAGAUCACCGAGGUUGCGGCGUGA